UAACGGCUACCUGCCAUUGGUGGUCUACCCUCUCCGGCUUCUGCUACAGGAGUGUGUGUGUGUGUGUGUGUGUAUGUGUUCAUAAUUUUGUUCAGCUUGUCGUCUGUCCACAUCUGGUUGCCUUUGGACAAGGACGGUGAGACGUCCAGCUUUGACUGUAUGAAUUAAUGUGCCUGAGAGUCUGAUACACAUCUGUUCGAUGGCUACCUCAGGCUCCACCGCUUCUGCCUCAAUCCCAGCCACUGUGCCUGAGGGUUUCCAUUAUGAAACCAAAUAUAUUUUGCUUAACUACCUAGGAAUGGUGCCUGCAGGUAGAUCAGACCAACCAGCUGCAGCUCAAGAAGACGCAGAGGCUGAGAAAACAAGAUCCAGAGUGAUAAAGGAGCAAAUAGAGGAAGGGCUGAGAGAACUGGAUGGCGAAAUUGCCGCCUCCUUUUCCAGGACGGGAUUCGACCGACACAAAUCACUGGUGUUCGCUCCAGCCAACCCGGAGAACUCCAUUGAGGAUUGCCUGGCUGCAGUGGGAGACAGGGUGGCCCAAGAGCUCGACACACACCUGUCAGCAGCUGUACACACGCUCCUCACAGGACCUCUGGACUAUCAGAGAUUCAGAUGCACAACACUGGAGCUCUCAACACACACACCGGGAGGCUGGAGCAAGGUGCUUGUUCCGUUAGUGCUGCUUCAGGCUCUACAAAGUGAAGGCCAGUCUGUGAUGACUCUGUUGGACCUGGGGCUUCGCUUCCUAGAGGAGAAUGAGGCAGACUACAUCACUCAGCUUGGGGGAUGGGGUGAAGUAUUCAGCCUCGUGUUGGAGGAAGAGCGAGGUGUAACUAUUGCCGAAGACAGCAACGACAUUUACAUCCUCUCAGGAGACCAGGAUCACGACCAGAUCAGCCCUCCCUCGUCACUGCUGUGCACCGGAGACAACAGCAGCGAGCAGAGCUCCUGGCAGACAGAAAGCUUACCUGUGUCUCUGGCUGGCCACGAGUCGUGGGCACAGGUUGGUGCAAUGGACCCUGAAGACAUCAAGAGCCUGGACAGCAACGAGGGUGUUGCUCUGGUCGAGGAGCGUAGUGAAAACAACUCCUCAAACUCGGACAUCGUCCAUGUGGAGCGCGAGGAAGCCGAGCUGUUGGAGGAAGGCAGUGAAGGCGGAGUGAUAGAAGAAAGCAUGAUGAGUGUUUUAGGCACUGACAGUGAGCUAGCUGAGCUCAGGGAGGAAUUAAGAGUCCAGACCGCACCUGCACCAGUGACAGCUGAGGCAGACCCCACACCUCCAGCUUCCCUGAUUUCAUUAGAAGAGCCAGUUGUGAUAGAGACACCUGCAAGCUUGUCUGCAGAACCUUCAUUCAUUUCCUCAGAACCAGAGCUGCUUCCCUCUGCCUCUGAACCUGCUGAAGCCCUUCCCACUGAAGCUGAACCUGCAGUACCUUUGUCUGUUCCUGCAGUGGAACCAGAGCCUGAGCCAGAACCAGCUGCUGUCACUGCCCCAGUGACUGAUCCAGUGCCUGCUGAAAUGGCAGGCCCAUCUCCAGCCAAGGAAAUCCCGACAACACCAGCAGAGCCUGAUUAUACAUUAGAACUAGCGUCCGAACCAGAGCUGAACCCAGAGUCCAUCACUGUGUUUCACCAGCCAAAGGAAUCGCAGCCAGAACCAGAGACUGUGGCAGAGCUAGACGAUACGGUCGCUGCACCUCCAGUCCCAGAGGCUGUGGAGGCCCCUGUCAAAGCACCUGCUGAGGAGGCCCCAGUGCAGCCAGAGCCAGAAUCAGAGCUCCCAGUGUUGCUUUAUGGAGGGGCUGCUCUGGCAGUCCUUGCAGCUGUUAUAGCCUUCGUUCUCAUACGCUUUCAGAGGAAAUAGCGUGAAAAAGUGUUAUCCUCAGCGGCGGAGAGUAUAGAAUGCUAAGGUAGAAUAAAUGUAUUUGCAUACAUACGGUGAGACUCUCCUUAAAAGUAGUUUUUAAAAAUCUUCUGGGUGUAAAAUGUGUGAAAGUGUCCCCCAGCAAACCAGAAUGUCUUGUCAUCCACAACCUUAGUGCUGGGAGUCCCUCGCUGCUUCUUUCAAACAGGUGCAAACACAGAAAUGUGAAAACGGUGCACUCCACUCUACUUCUUAUUUUCUCUGUUUUUCUUUUGGGGGUCAGUUGCAAUUUUGUUUCCAAUUUCUUUUUGCCUCCAAUCUUUUGUACUUAUUACUGAGUACAAAAGCGUGUGUGAACUUUUAUCCCUCUUCUGUUAGAUUCAGCUUCUGUUGUGUCUCUUGGUUUGCUAUUUGCAUUGUUUCUUUCAUUGGAGCCAGCGACGCUGGAUUGAAAAUUGACAGUGCUCUCACAGGAAACAUAAACCUCAAGUAUAAGUUGUGAUGUUGUGCGACAUAUGGUUUUCUUGCUCUUCCGCCUCCUACGCAACAAAGGGUUAUUUACAUUUUUCUCCCUGUGAGUAAAUCUGAUACUUUCAUAAACAGACCAAAUGGGUUCUAUAGAAGUGAAUGGUAUUUUUGAUAUUUUCGAUUGAAACCAAAAAUGAAUCUAAUGUGUCCAUAUUGCACAAUUGUGCAAAACAGCCUACCUGCCUCAGCUAAAGACCAUAAUUAAUGAAUGGUCUCAAACCUCCUGCCAAGUUUGGUGCCACUGAUUUACUAUGAGCAACUCCCAACCUAAAAUGCUAAAAACAAUAAAACUUUACCCAUCUAGUCUUCAGUGGUGUACCGGGCUCGAGGCAACUUUAAACGCGAACUCGAGAGCAGGCAGCAGACCAGAGAUAUAGUCUCCUACCAAACUCUGAAGCGUACCCCCACCCAGGAUAACCACCAAACACAAUAAACUAAAACAACAAAGCAAAACAACAAACAAGUGCUUCGAUGGAAGGGCAGCACAGCCACCCAGCUGAAACACACUAACUAAAGAGUUUGCUCAAUUACAGUGAACACCAUCACCCACCCACUUAAAAGCAAUACAAAAAACUGAUAUUCAGUCUCCACUAAAAUGUCCAAACAAUCCCGGCCCGGACAAGCGCCCACUUAUGUUACGACCCGGCUCAAAAGCCGCAACAUAAAAGGAGAUGAACACCAGAUUGUGGGUGAGAAGAGGUUUUAUCUUAAAAUGGAAUACCAGGUUGGCUAAAAUGGCUAGUGCCACCAAGGCAAAAACAAGUGAGCUCUCUGGGAAGCUUGCCUCAGGUAUGCUUUUAUCCACACCUGACUAGGUGUGGCCAAUUAGCACCAGCUGAACACACUGAGCAGAUUAGAGGCUGCAGAGGGACGUAACAAAUUUGUGAAUUUGUGAUAUCAGUACAUAAAUUUGAAUAUAUUGUGGUUUUAAAACAUUUAAAAAAAAUCUUGAUGCAUAUUGUUUCAGAAACCAGAUGUUUUUAUGAUUUUUUUUUUUAAACUACUAUAUUUGGUUGCAUUAGCCAAACAAGAACCACCGAUUACUUUCAGUGUAAAGUGAGCUAUAAUUACUCCAGAAAAGUAGGGCAUGAUUGCAGCAUAUUGAUUCAAUCUAGUUUCUUUAUUUGACGUUUUUUUUAGGGUUGAAUUUGACUGGAUCUCUAUUCCCACCUAUCCCAGUUACAUCUCACCCUCAUUUCAGUUACUUUGCUGUCGUGCUUUUGCGCCCCAGCAUCUUUAUUUGGUCCUCUGUACUUUGCCUUGUCCCCUUUUCCCUUAUUGCGGCACUGCUCAUAAUACCCGACUAGUUCCACAAAGGUUUAUUUGUAAGUGUCUGCCCCAGUGACAAGAUAUUACUUCCCUCCCCAAGUAGAAAGCAAAGCAGUAGCAUGCUGAGAGUUAUUGAAAGCAAAAUCAGGUUGCCAAAAGACAAUCAAAACCACUUGGAACCAUUUCAAAUAUGAUUUGUAGGAAAGUCUUCAGAACAAACAGAAAACUCAACCUCUUACAUAGCUGUAAUUUUGGAUUUUGUGUUCACACUACAUUAAAGAAAUCACUGAACAUUCUAGUAAACCAGCAGAGCACAAGAAACCAAAAUAAUAUACUGAACAGGAAGUGGAAACAAAUAAUGUGGAAUCUCCCUUUGAUUCCCUCAGAGGAAAAAACAGCUGGGAAAUUUAUGAGGAACUCAUGUAAUCUGUUAGCCUGGUCCGUAACACACCCUCACUGCUGCUAUCACGCAAAAUCAUUUGAGUUUAAAGAUAUUAUAGGAAUUUGUAUGAAUGUUCAUGUCACCUUCAGUACUGCAAAUGUGACACUCAUCAACUUAAACUACAUCUACUUUCAAAGGGAAACUUUAAAAGUCCAGAGCAGGAUGGAUGUCAAAAACAAUACCCAACAUGGCAUUUUGUACCUUGAGUUUCCUACAGAACAUUGUUUGAAGCAAAAAACAAUAAAGAGAUUAAACUACUUCA